AUGGAUAAUAUUUCUGCUGCAACUGAGAAAAGCAAUGAAAAGAAAUGGUAUGUUGACUACAUGUCUUGUAUGGAACUAUUGCAAUUGAUUAAGAAAAAGGGAUGUAGAGACAUUGAGUGUAUAUGGUAUUUGAACCCUAUGUUGAGCUUUACUCGUGGCCUUAUAACACUUAACUAUGACAAUGAUGUGUUGCAACUGAUUAAACAUGUUGAUGGUUGUGAUUUAGUAGAUAUGUAUGUUGAUCAUAGCAUUAGAGAAACUGACAUUGUAGAUGAGGUAGAAAUAGGGCAUGAUAUAAUUUUUAAUAAUGAUGAGGUUGAAAUGGUUGAUGAAGUUGAAGUGGAUAAUGAAGUUGAAGUGGAUGAUGAAGUUGAAGUGGAUAAUGAGGUUGAAGUGGAUAAUGAAGUUGAAGUGGAUAAUGAAGUUGAUGAUGAAGUUAAUGAUGGUGAGGAUAGUGACCGUGAGUCAGAUUGGACAAUUAUACUACCUAAAGAAACAACUAAACCAUAUGUAAAUAACUUUGACCAUGGAAGGAUUCUGACCAACUUCAAACACCACCUAAGAGUGAAGAUGAUAAAAGUAUGA